AUGCAAUCUUCGGUGUCCCAUCGCUCCAAUAACAAGCUCUCCUUCAAGUUCUUCGGCCCGUUCAGCAUCUUAGCUCGCGUCGGCCAGGUUGCAUACAAGCUGGAGCUGCCAGAGUCUGCUGCCAUCCACCUGGUGUUUCACGUGUCACAACUCAAGCGGUCUGCAGGUUCUCAGGUGGUGGCCUCUACAUUGCCUUCUGAUUUUGUUGAGCUGCAGGUGCCAGAACAGGUCCUACAGCACCGCUGGACCACGGGGCCUCACCCAGUGGAGCAAGUUCUCAUCAAGUGGUCCCAGAUGCCUCUUGAGCUGUCUACUUGGGAGCCCCUUCUUCAUCUCCGUCAGCAAUUUCCAAGAGCUCCGGCAUGGGGACAUGCCGCUCUUCAAGGGAGGGGGAAUGUCAACGACAAGGCUACUGCUGACCAGGCCCAUCCUGAUGUUCACACGGAUACUGAAGAAUGUGAAGGCUCUAAGGUCGGCCCAAGGCCCAGGCGCGUGGCCCAGCCAAUAGAAGUGAUGACUACCGAAGAACAGCGAUUAAAGUCUGCAACUGAUGCUAUAAAUGAGCUUAAUGUGACUCAAUCAUCACCUCUUCUUCAAUGCUCGCGUAACAAAAAUAAGCGCCCCAGGGGUGUUGAUGAUGCAGAAGCUGAUGCUGGUUCUAGAAAAUCAAGUUCUAAACACAUAGAAGCAGAAUGUCCUCCAAAGAAGUUACGUACUUCCAAAGUGCAAGUUGAGGCUCAACUCACAGAGGAGAGUGACAUAAAUACAUCAGCUACCCAAAGGACCAAACGAGGCCCCAGCAAGAUGCCCGCCGGCCGAUAUGUCAUCACCGAGUUCGAUCCCACGGGAGAGCCCAUUGAACCAAAAAAUGUGGAUGGGCCGUACCACACCGCCCUGGGUGUGAUUGUGAGGGAAACUGUGCCAAUCAAAUACAUGUUCUGGCAUAAAAAGACAAAGCCAAAUGAGAAGGAAUGGUGUGUUCCGCUUGCACUCAAGGAGAAAUGUUGGAAGACGUUGAAGGAGAGCUUUGAGUUCCCACAAGCUUAUGAGGAGCUUGCCAAGAAUCGAGCAUUGCACUGUAUGGGCAUCUCGUUCAGAUAUUUCAAGUACAAGUUGAACAGCGAACGUGUGCAGACUGGAACAGAGCCAAUUUGGGAACAUUACCCUUUUCAGAGACCAUACUGGCAACAGUUUGUCGAUUGGAAGCUAUCUGAGGACGCACUCGCCAUGAGUGAAGUAAAUAUUGUUAACUCCCAUAAAAAUGAUAUCCCCCACCACACUGGUUCUCGUGGUUACGCGAGGAAAAUUCCAGAGUGGGAGAAGCAGUUACAACAGCUAGCAGAAAAAGGUGUUACUCUGCAUACUGAUGGGUGGAAUGAGCGCUCAUUGAGGUAUCUUUUUGCGAGGGGAAUGACCGACAGGGAGGAUGACGUCCUGACUCGCACUAGGAACAAAAGAGCAUCCAGGUCGUGUGAUGAUGAUGAUGAAGAGUUCAUUGUAGAGUUCCAUCAUGGCGGGUUUUUUGUUGGUCAAGGUUGCAAGGCUUAUGUUGAUGAGAAAAUCAGUUGGUUUGAUCACUCCAAAGUAGAUACAUGGUCUCCAUUAUGGUUAGAAGAUUUUGUUGACCAGUUGGACUAUCCAAAGAGUCCAUCAACGAAAAUGUACGGGUUGCUGCCUGGUCUGACCCUAGCAGAUGGCCUUAGGGUGAUAGAAUCAUAUACUGAAACACUUGUUAUGGCUUCACUGCUUGUGCACAAAGUCAAGAACUUUGUAGUGUAUGUGGAUCAUGAUGAUAAUCUAGAAGAUGAAGAACAAGAGGAGGAGGAAACAAGCAGGGGCAAUGAUGGUGGCAACAGUGGGAGUGAUGAUGAUUCGGACUAUGAAUUGGAAGAGGAUGAUGAUGACUUAUUUGUUCAGUCUAUAGAUGACCAAGUGACAGAUGAGGGGGUUGCUAAGGGGAAGAUCAUAGCACAAGGCAAGAGAGCAGAGAAAGGAAAGCUACUAGACUAUGAUAAUGAUGUGUCUAUAGAUGAGGAAGGAUUACAGCUACUAGAAUUUGAUGGAGAAUGGGAAGGAAACUUAGGUUCAGUUGAGGUACUUAGGAAGGCAGUCACUGAAUAUAGCAUAAAGGAAAGAGUUAAAAAAAACUACUCCAAGAAUGAGCAGAAGAGGUUGAAGGCACACCAUGAAGAGGGUUGUCCCUGGAAGCUUUAUGGAUCAGUUGAUAGCAGUGCCCAUGGAAUGGUCCUGAAGACAUACAAUGGCACACACACUUGCCAUAAGAAGUGGAAAAAUAGGCCUACAGGAAUACCUGUGCCUCCUACCACCUUGACAACCACCAGGAAGAGGAAGAAGGAUCCAACAACACCAAAGAAGAAUGCUCCAGUAGCAUCAAAGAAGAAGGAUCCAGCAGCACCAAAGAAGAAGGCGUCUUGCUUCACCUCUUACAAGUUGAACCUCCUGGCGGACGCGUCGCGGAUCGCGGAGCGCUGCGGCAAGGGCUCCGGCUCCGGGCGGAAGAAGGCGGACAUCCGCCGCGCCGUGGCGGACGGGCUCCGCGCGCUCGGGUACGACGCGGCGGUGUGCACGUCGCGGUGGGACAAGACCCCCUCCCACCCGGCCGGCGAGCACGAGUACAUCGACGCGGUGGUGGUGGAGUCCGGGUCCGGCGCCGGGGCGACUUUCCGGCUCGUGGUGGAGGUGGACUUCCGGUCGGAGUUCGAGGUGGCGCGGCCCACCAAGGCGUACCGCGCGGCGCUGCAGGCGCUGCCGCCUCUGUUCGUGGGCACUCCCGACCGGCUGGGCCGGAUCGUGGCCGUCGUGGCGGAGGCCGCGCGGCAGAGUCUCCAAAAGCGCGGGCUCCACUUCCCGCCGUGGCGCAAGCACGAGUACAUGCGGGCCAAGUGGCUGUCCCCGCACGCCCGCAGCAGCAGCCAGGACAAGACGCCGGCGCCGGCGCUCGCCACGCCGAUAUCCGCCGCCACCUUCUCCGGCGAGUUCGAGCUGGUGUUCGACGAGAAGCCGAAGGCGGCCGACGACGACAUUCCCGACGGCGGAGAAGACAAGAAGAUCACAGUCGUGGUGUCGCCGUCGCCGUCGCCGUGGCGUCCGGAGGAGCCCGGGGCGGCUAGCAAGCUGAACCCGCAGCCGCCGCCGGGCUGGCGUCCCUGCUGCUGCUGGCCAGCUGAUCAACCCAAGAACCGAACAGAGACUCUCCGCCUCUCCGGCUCCAAAAAAAAUUUCCCCUUUUUUUCCCCUUCGUCAGAACUCAGAAGAUUUUCCAUCGCGUUUGUCGAUCCGUCCGAGGGCCGGCUCAGUGCGCACGAGUGGUGGUGGUACAUCCAUUUUGACCGAGACAACAAGGGAUACGGUUACCGUGCCGUCAACCGUGUGGGGCCAGCGCCAUUGACCGAGUGGCAGAGCAACGCAGCGCUGGUCGUGCACUCGGACUGCCAUGCCAGGCGGUGCAGUGCAGCGAAAGGAGGCCCGGCGUGA